GUCGUGCUGGAAACCAGGAGGCUAGCUAGCUCUUUCCAAAAAAAGGCAUAUGAUAAACAGCCAGCUAGCUAGCUAGCUAGGUUUUGGUCCUAUCUAGUCACCAUCCAUCUACACCGGCGUUUCAAAUCCCCCAUUUUCAGUAUAAUAUGGUGGUUUCAUCAAACAAAAACGGACAGGUACGGCCUAUCAGCUAAAUUCACAGGUCCAGAGGUCCAAGAUGACUGAAGAGGUGAUUGUCAUCGCCAAGUUUGACUACCUGGCUCAGCAAGACCAGGAGUUGGACAUUAAGAAGAACGAGCGGCUGUGGCUGCUGGACGACAGUAAAUCGUGGUGGAGGGUCCGCAACGCCACCAACAAGACCGGCUUCGUACCCUCCAACUACGUAGAGAGGAAGAACAGCGCCAGGAAGGCAUCCAUCGUCAAGAACCUCAAAGACACACUAGGCAUCGGGAAGGUGAAGCGGAAAACGGGGAUGCGCGACACGGCCUCGAACGCCGACGCCGACACGUGCUCCGACAACGGCGAGCGCCUUUACGACCUCAACCUGCCGGCGCUCGUCAAGUUCAGCUACACCGCCGAGCGUGAGGACGAGCUCUCAUUGGUUAAGGGUACACGCGUCAUCGUCAUGGAGAAGUGUAGCGAUGGCUGGUGGCGUGGGGGGUACCAGGGGUGUUCCGGAUGGUUCCCUUCCAACUACGUGACGGAGGACGCAGAUGGGACAGCGGGGGGAGGAGGGGGCGACAGUUUGGGGGACCCAAUAGGGUCACUGACUGAGAAGCUAGCAGCAGUGGUUCACAGUGUGUCUAACGGGAACCGGAGACUCCACACGGUGCAGGCGCUGUACCCUUUCAGCUCGGGGAACGACGAAGAGCUGAACUUUGAGAAAGGAGAGGUGAUGGAGGUGGUAGAGAAACCAGACAACGACCCUGAGUGGUGGAAGUGCCGUAAAGCAGAUGGACAGCUGGGACUAGUGCCUAAGAACUACGUCAAUGUGCUGCCUCCCCAGCAGGACUCUACUACCCAGAAUGCCUCACCGGGCCCCGCGGGGCCUCCCACGCCCGACUGUGACUACAUCUCUCCGGCCACGGUGGGGCGGUUUGCUGGGAAGCCAUGGUACUAUGGCAAGGUGACGCGUCAUCAGGCAGAGGUGGCUCUCAACCAGAGAGGAGUGGAGGGAGACUUCCUCAUCAGAGACUCUGAGUCAUCGCCCAAUGAUUUCUCCAUCUCUCUGAAGGCCCAGGGGAAGAACAAGCAUUUCAAGGUUCAGUUGAAGGAUGGUUUGUACUGCAUUGGCCAGAGGAAGUUCAGUUCUCUGGAGGACUUGGUGGAUCACUACAAGAAGGCUCCCAUCUUCACCAGCGAGCAGGGAGACAAGCUCUACCUAGUUAAGGCCCUGGCUGCCUCUUGAUCACACACUCUUAAACACACUCACACACAGAGGGAAACAAACAGUGCAUACACUCACAGAGACUUCACAUCGCUAGGACUACUUAUGUGCCAGGAGCUGUGUGCAAGAAGAAGGGGAGGAUGAGAGAGAAGAAGAAGUGGAGAGAGGAGGGAAAAGAACAUUCUGGAUUCUGUCAGACCUGUCGGUGGAUCAUGUGUUUAGGUCUUCUAGGUCAUUAUGCCAUCUACUAAAUCUAUACUGAACAAAAGUAUAAACGCAACAUGUAAAGUGUUGAUGAGCUGAAAUAAAAGAUCCCCUAAAAAUAUUCCGUUCGCACAAAAUGCUUAUUUCUCUCAAUGUUGGUGCACAUCCCUGUU